UUGAGCCGUUGUCACUGCCCCCAGGUGACAACGGUACGUUAUGACGUUAACUGGACAAGUCGUACCUAUCAGUUAGAUAAAUGACAACCUGCUUCUCCCAUCUCGGCUGUCGAAACUUCAAAACAUCAACGCUGCAAUCUACGAUUAUCUGCAAUCAGAUCUAAGGAUCUUCCGAAAGAAAACCUUAUUUUUCCUUGAAUAUAUAUAAAAACUGGCCAAGUUCUCGCUUGCCGCAUUUAUCCAAGCCCCGCAGCAACAAUGGCUGAUAUUUUCACUCGGGCAGGGUAUGCUCCCAAUAGUCGGCGUGGCUUGAAAAUGAUGGAGCUUUUUGCUGGCAUUGGAGGCAUGAGAACUGCUGCUCUUGAAGCUGGUCUAGAACUUGACUCUGUUCACCCUUAUGAAAUAAACCCUAGUGCCCUUCUUGCCUACUGCCACAACUUCAGUGAUCAAGAGGAGACAAAAGUCAUUCUUCCCAAAGUGGGCUGCCUUUACAAACAUAAACCCAAUUCCAAAAGAAGCACCUCUCCAAAACCAAGAAAUUUAUUGGGCCUGACAGCUGAUGAGUGGCAUGCAGUCAGCCCAGACCUGCUGACCAUGUCCCCGCCCUGUCAGCCCUUCACGAGACAGGGUCUACAGCUGGACACAUCAGACCCUCGCAGCGAGCCCCUCCAGCACGUGCUGACGCUGCUGCAGACUGUCAGGGAGCUGCCGGCGAUGCUGCUCCUUGAAAACGUCAAGGGCUUUGAGACAUCCUCUUCCAGGAACCUGGUUACUCGGGCCCUGAGAAACAGAGGCUAUCUUUUCCAGGAGUUCCUACUGUGCCCCUCGCAGCUUGGUGUUCCCAACUCUCGACUGCGGUAUUACCUGCUGGCAAUAUUAUCUCCUGAUACCAACCAGACAGACCAAGCAGGAAGUCAUGAAUCCCUUACAACCGAAUCUUGUCACAUUCAGCGCAAGUUUCCGGUUUGUUUGUGUUUUGGUCAAAACCUGAAAGCAUCAAACUACGUUAAUAAGGCCCAAGAAUGUCAGACGUGUCAUCGCAUCAUAAUCCACGAUAUUCUGUCGCUGCUUUCCCGUUUCCAUUUUCCGUCUUAUGUCUCUCCUGAUAAAUUUCCUUGUAAUCAAUCUGAAAGUGCAGGAGAAACAGAGACUUUCGCAGAUGUUACUCCUCCCAUUGCGAAGUUUUUAGAGAAGGAAAUUUUUUCUUCGCCGCUAGGCAGCUCGUUGCAGCCUGAUAAUCAAGGCAAUAUUCUAAUAAAAUCGAAUCCAAAUAAAACUGUCAUCAAUUCUACGCAAAAUGAUCAACUUGAUCAGAUCAUUCAUGAUGACGUUCAAAAGUUUUCCGAGUGCCACCGCCCUGUAUUAGAAGGAGGAAGUUUGACAUUACUUAAUUCUAACUCCGGUGAACAAGCCUCUGAAAGACUCGUUUGUCCGAUAUAUGCGACGCCAGGCAACGAUGGAUCUAAUGUUACUCCUGGUCCUAGUGUUGAAGACAAUUCAACAUUGAUGAAAAAUAUGUCCCAGUUUGAGCUGAAACCAAAAAUUCUUGUCAGGUAUGCCAUGUUGUUGGAUAUAGUUGAUGACACAAGCCAGCGGAGUUGUUGCUUCACUAAAGCGUAUGGGCGACUCGUGGAAGGCACGGGAUCUGUUUUUAAUCCCUCAGGCCGUGCUGCGUUGGAUGCAGCAUUUGAAACUUGGAGAUCGUCGAAAUGUAACAACGAGAUUGUUACCGAAACUAAAGGUUCCAUUACAGAACAAAAUAACGAAGGUCGACGUCCUCUUGAACCGCUACUAGAUCAUUUAUCUGAUGAUGAAAUCUCCGAGUUGAAUAACCCUCUGCUGCCGCUAAAGCUGCGUUUCUUCUCACCUUCGGAAUGUCUGCGUUUGAUGUGUUUCCCUUCAUCAUUUUCGUUCCCUGCCUCGCUCACCACGCGCCAGCAAUAUCAGCUCAUAGGGAAUAGUGUCAACGUGUUGGUGGUGACCGUCUUGUUAAAGUAUCUUCGUUACUGGCAUCUCAAUGGAGAUAUCAAACAAGACAGACCUUGAUUAUUUAUCUCUUGAAUUAUUUGUUGUGAGAUGAGCGUAUUAAGUAUCACUCUGAAUAAUGAAAUGAUAACGCGCUGGCAGCUCAGUUUCUGGAAGUUAUAUAUGGAAUUAUUCUAAAUUAUGUACUCAAUUUAAUAAAUUCGUAUUCUUA